UCAAAGGUUAAAUAUAUCUAUUGAUGUGGCUAAUGCACUGGAUUAUCUACAUCACCAUUGCCAAACACCGAUCAUUCAUCAUGAUUUAAAGCCGGAUAACAUUCUCCUCGAUGAUGACAUGAUUGCUCAUGUGGGUGACUUCGGGUUAGCGAGGUUCCUUACUGACGUUCCUCAAACCAGCUCGGUUGGCGUGAAGGGAUCUACUGGGUACAUCGCUCUAGAGUAUGCGAUGGGUGCUAAAGCAUCUACACAAGGUGAUGUUUACAGCUAUGGAAUCCUUCUAUUGGAGAUGAUAACUGGAAAGGGACCAACUGAUGACAUAUUUAAAGAUGAUCUAAGCCUUCAUCAUUUUGCUAAGUUGUCAUUGCCUGAAGGAGUAAUGGACAUUGUCGAUCCAGUUCUCUUAGAAGAAGCCGAAGUUACUCAAGGCAGUGGAAAUCAUACUAACACAAGAAAAAGAAUGCAUGCUUGCUUAAUUUCAAUGGUCAGAAUUGGUGUGUUGUGUUCUGCAGAAUCUCCGAGAGAACGAAUGGAGAUGAAAGAUGUUGUCACAGAAAUGCAUGCAAUCAAGGAUUUAUAUCUGGGUGUCAGGAUUCCGCAAGAUGAACAGGUUAUGUCACAACUGUCAAGUGAAGAUCCAUCUUACCUCAGUUAUUACUGAGAUAUUAUUGGUAGUUAUAUUGAGAAGAUUUCAAAAUAAAAUGAGCUUAUUGAAAAUACUUUUCUUAACAAGCUUUAGAUAUGUUUAGUAUUGGCAUAGGAGUGUGCUUUUAAUAUUUACGGUGAAUGAUGGAAAGAUGUCUUCUUCUUCUUUUUUCUUUCUUUUAUUUCGUGUAAUUCAAAGGGAGAUCAUGAAUGUAAUGAGACAUAGACAUCAUCUUUUUACAUUAAGAAUACUAUUAGGA